GCCCUGUAUUGGGUGUGGUUACUCUUCCACGUGGGCCGGGCCCAAAUGGAGGCCGAUGACAAGCCGAAUAUUGUCCUGAUAAUGGCAGACGACCUUGGGAUCGGAGACCUGGGCUGCUAUGGCAACGACACCUUAAGGACCCCCAACAUCGACAGCUUGGCUAGAGACGGCGUUCAGCUGACCCAGCACAUCUCCGCGGCCUCCAUGUGCACCCCCAGCCGAUCCGCGUUCCUCACGGGAAGGUACCCCAUCCGGUCAGGGAUGGUUUCGAAUGGAAAUAAACGUGUCAUCUACUCCCUCGCGGCCCGUUCUGGACUCCCUCUUAAUGAAACGACAUUUGCAGCCUUAGCCAAGAAGCAAGGAUAUAGCACGGCGAUUAUCGGGAAAUGGCAUCAGGGCUUAAACUGCCGCUUCCGAAGUGACCACUGCCACCAUCCGUAUAAGUAUGGUUUUGAUUACUUCUAUGGCAUGCCACAGAGUCUAUUUGACAACUGCUGGCCGGAUCCUUCUCGUGACACAGAAUUAGCCAUCGGGAGGAGAGUCUGGAUCUGUGUACAGCUGCUCGCCUUGGCUGUGCUCACGCUCACUCUAGGGAAACUGACUCACCUGAUCUGCAUCCCCUGGUCCGUCAUCUUCUUCAUGAUUCUUUUUGUGCUCCUCCUGAGCUACUUUUGGUUAUCCAGUUUUUCGUCUUCACAGUACUGGGAUUGCCUCCUCAUGCGCGAGGAAGAAAUUACCGAGCAGCCCAUGAAAGCAGAAAGAGCAGGGUCCAUCAUGGUGAAGGAGGCCAUUUCGUUUUUAGAAAGGCACCGAGAAGGACCGUUCCUCCUUUUUUACUCCUUCCUGCAUGUCCAUUUUCCCCUCCCCACGGCCAAGGACUUCAUGGGCACCAGCCAGCACGGCUUAUACGGAGACAACGUGCAGGAAAUGGACUUCUUUGUGGGCAAGCUCCUUGCUGCCAUUGACAACUUGGGGCUGAGGAAUCGCACGCUUGUCCACUUCACCUCAGACCACGGAGGACACCUGGAGCAGCGGGUGGGCCACGUCCAGGCUGGCGGAUGGAAUGGGAUAUUCAAAGGGGGAAAAGGCAUGGCCGGCUGGGAAGGUGGGAUCCGCGUGCCUGGACUUUUCCGAUGGACUGGGAGAUUGCCAGCCGGAAAUGUCAUCAAUGAACCUACAAGCUCAAUGGACAUCCUUCCGACUGUCACAGCUCUGAUGGGAGGAAUUGUCCCUCAGGACAGGGUGAUUGAUGGCCGAAACCUCAUGCCCUUGCUUCAGGGUGAGGUCCAGCAAUCGGAGCAUGAGUUUCUGUUUCACUACUGCAGUAGGUUCCUCCACGCCGCACGUUGGCACCCGAAGGACAGUGAGGCCGUGUGGAAGGUUCAUUACGUGACACCCAUCUUCCAGCCUCCAGGAGCUCAGGCGUGCUAUGAGGAAACUUAUUGUAAAUGCACAGGGGACAUGGUCACCUAUCAUGACCCUCCCCUGCUGUUCGACCUGUCCCGGGACCCCUCCGAGUCGACCCCACUGACCAACGACACGGAGCCCCUCUAUGACUUAGUCAUCAACACGGUGGCCGACGCCCUCAGGGAACACAGGAAAACCAUCACCCCCGUUGAGCCUCUGCUUCGGGAAGAACUGAACCAUCAGUUUGUGUCGUUGAUGUCCUGUUGUGGGGUGUUCCCCUUCUGUAUGUGUGACAAAGAGGGCGAGGAAUCCAAAUGA